AUGGCGUCUGAACAGCUAUCUACACAACCCGCCGGCUGGUCCAAAGGCACCUCAAACGUCUACGGCUCCCGCUUCGCCUCCCAACAUAUGCCAUCCGACACCUUUCCCGACGACGAAAUGCCGAAGGAAGUCGCUUACCGAAUGAUCAAAGAUGAACUCGUUCUGGACGGGCAUCCGAUGCUGAACCUGGCCACCUUCGUCACGACAUACAUGGAGGAAGAAGCCGAAAAACUAAUCGCCGAAUCGACCAACAAAAACAUAAUCGACCACGAAGAAUACCCCAAAUCCGUCGAAACCGAGAAACGCUGCAUAACCAUCCUAGCCAACCUCUUCAACUCGCCGAUGCUCAACAGCAAGCCCACAGCACUGGGCACUGCCUGUAUCGGGUCCUCAGAAGCGAUCAUGCUAGGCGUGUUAGCUUUGAAAACCCGCUGGAAGAACCGUCGUCGGGAAGAAGGCAAACCAACAUCCAAUCCAAAUAUCAUCAUGAGCACCGGUGUGCAAGUCUGUUGGGAAAAGGCGGCUCGAUACUUCGAGAUAGAUGAGAAGACUGUUCCCUGUACAGAGACUCGAUACGUGAUUGACCCCGUCGCGGCCGUGGAUCUAGUCGACGAGAAUACGAUUGGGAUUUGCGCCAUUUUUGGAACGACGUAUACUGGUCAGUAUGAGAAUGUGAAGGGUAUUAAUGAUCUGCUCGUUAAGCGGGGUCUAGAUACGCCUAUCCAUGUGGAUGCUGCUAGUGGUGGGUUCGUUGCGCCGUUCGUUAACCCUGACCUUAUUUGGGAUUUUCGGUUGUCGAAUGUGGUGUCGAUUAAUGUUUCGGGGCAUAAGUACGGGCUUGUCUACCCAGGCAUCGGCUGGGCCCUCUGGCGCUCAUCAGCCUACCUCCCACCCGGCCUAAUCUUCAACAUAAACUACCUGGGCGCAGAACAGCUGAACUUCACCUUCAACUUCUCCAAGUCCGCGUCCCACAUCAUCGCGCAGUACUACCAGUUCAUUCGACUCGGUCGGAAAGGAUAUACAUCCAUUAUGACCAACCUCACACACACAGCCGACUACCUCACUUCACAACUCCGUGAAAUCGGCUUCACAAUUAUGAGCACAGGCGGCGGAGAUGGUCUACCCGUUGUGGCAUUCAGACUCAGCCCAGAACAACGCAUCGUAGUUGAUGAGUUCGCUCUCGCUGCCAAACUCCGUGAGAAGGGGUGGAUUGUUCCCGCUUAUACGAUGGCUGCGGAUUGUGAGAGCAUGAGUAUGAUGCGUGUUGUUGUGCGGGAGGAGUUUAGUCAAAGCCGGUGUGAUAGUCUCGUCAAUGAUAUGAGGGUUGCGUUGAGGGUGCUCGCAGAGAAGGAGAUGGUCAAUAUGCAGCGGUAUCAAGCGUUGAUGAGGAACCAAAUUGAAAUUGGAAAGACGUUUUGCUACGAGAAUACUUGUGUGCAGGUCAAUGAGAUUGGGGAUAAUGUUUCUGAUGGGGUUUGA